AUGGACACUGAAGAAUCAAAUGGUCAGUCAAGGAACAUGAUAGUAAGAAGCCAGGGUGCACCCAAUGAAGAAGUUAUUCAGGUCGAGCCGAGGGAAAACUCGACGGAAUCCUCCGAGCUGCAUGUGGCUGAUAUCGCGAGGGGGCACACAGGUCGGGAGACAUUACAUUUCAUGGCAUGGGUUCAGGCCAAUGCAUGCGUAGGGCCUGGUGUAUUUAGGGGUAAUAAAAGUGAGAAUUUCGAUGAAUUCAUUAGGCGGUUCAAUUCAAGAAAAUAUGGAGCUGUAGGGUUCGAUGACCAAACAUUGUUGGAUAUUAUGGUAGACGAUCAUCUCUGGAAGGGAAGGGCUAAGAGCUUGCUUCCUUGGCAUAUGCCCAGUCAUGUCAGUUGUGUGGAAGAACUGAGAAGGGUGCUGACAGAUUCGACGGCGGGUCGGCUGAGGGCACUUACGGAGCUAAGAUGCCUAAAGCGUAGGAUAGGUCAGAGCGUUGCGGAUUUCUGUGGUGUUCUUGAAGACUUAGGGAGGCAGGCCUACCCCUCAUGCAGUAUAAAAGACAGAUCUUUAGAAUACGCGCAGAUUUUCGGACUGGCCAGAGCAUAUCAACUGUUAACGACGUUGGGGCUGCGGCGUUGGACGAUCCGUCAGGAAGCGUACGAUGUCGGUGACACUGGUUUGUCUUCGUUGGUGAUUUUGUUUUACUGCUUUUGA